GCCGUUAAUACUGAUAAAUACAUAGGAAUUUCGAGAUGCGGCGUUUGUUGCGAGCAGUCACGCACUGUUGAGUUGCGGCGCAUACCUAAUCAUCUCCUAACGACUUGUGAAUUUACGCUCUUUCAGCACUUCAAGAACUUUCACUGAUAUGAGAGCUUGAUAAUGAAAACGGUGGAAGCGGCCGGCAACACAUUCCAAUAUGCAGAGCUGAAUAUCAGACAUGUUGGUAACGCCGCGAAGACACUUGCUAUGGUAAAACGCGCCAUCCGGAUGGGUUAUGACACUGUUGCUAUCAAUAUAGAUAUUGGCGACAUCGUACCUGAGGAAAAUAUUGAAGAACAUAUGCUACCGCAGUCGGGUACAGAAGCCCCAAACAAGCCUCCACCAAAGAAGAAAGCGCGGAAAGGCGACGACAGAAAAGGUCGAGAACAACAACUGCCGGAACCUUUUCUUGUAGAUGAGUCUCUGUUGGAUCUCUCCGAUUUAGAACAACGAGGAAAGAAAUUCAGGCAAUUCAGCCGGAUUACUUUCACCCUUAAUGAUGCUACAGUUAUCCAUAACGUUUUCAACAAUCCUCGAUUGCGUCAAUUUGAUCUCGUGGCAGUCCGUCCAGCAGAUGUGAGCAUACUAACGACACUUACAAGAAAAACAGAUGCUGUUGAUAUAAUUACGAUGUAUCCCGAAACUCACGUAUCUUGGUUACAUAAGGCAAAGUUCAUGGAAAUGAUUCGUGUCGAAGGCGUUGGUUUCGAAAUUACGUAUGCUCCGGCACUAUUUCCAGCAAAUCGGAGAUCGUGUCUGCAUACUGGACGGUUUCUUCUACGUGGUCUUCGUGGCCGUGGCGUUGUUAUGACAAGUGGUGCCUCUUCAAUGAGUGACUUACGUGCACCGGUGGAUGUUAUGAAUAUGGCACUGCUUUGGGGAGUGUCCGGUGCAGACGCCAGACUUAUGAUUAGCGGGAAUGCUAGACAAAUUCUACUACGAGCCGAAGCGCGCCGUACUGUUGGUGGUGCACUGCAUAUGGCACCUGUGGAGUUAUGGGAAAACGAGGAAGGUGGUAAAAGUAUAAGUGCAGAUGUCCCUUCUUGUCGGCUUACCAGCGCUGGCGCCUUACAACGGCUCCUUAACGUCAAGGAAUUUCGCGCAAAGGUUGAGGUCGUAGCAAUAGAGACUAAAGGAAACACUGCUGAUUCCAGCUCCUGA